AUAUCCCCACUCUUUUAAAAAUAUAUUGAAAGAAUGAAUAUAUUUGCAUCUAGUAGAAAAUGAAGAGAGUGAAAGAAUGAGUAUUGACUUGUAAAAAACAUGACAACCGAAACCAGCAAGAACCCAAAAUCCGUCUACGAUUUCACUCUCAAGGAUGGUAAAGGAAAUGAUGUAGAUCUUGCUACAUACAAAGGAAAAGUCCUUCUCAUUGUUAACGUUGCUUCCAAAUGUGGCAUGACCAACUCAAAUUAUGUGGAGUUGAAUCAACUAUAUGACAAGUACAAACACAAAGGGUUUGAGAUUCUGGCGUUUCCUAGUAAUCAAUUUGGUGAGGAAGAACCCGGAACCAAUGAUCAAAUAUUGGACUUCGUCUGCACUCGCUUCAAAUCAGAAUUCCCCAUCUUUGAUAAGAUUGAAGUGAAUGGAGAGAACUCUGCUCCUCUGUAUAAAUUCUUAAAGUCGGGUAAAUGGGGAAUUUUCGGGGAUGAUAUUCAGUGGAACUUUGCAAAGUUUCUAGUUGACAAGGAUGGCCAAGUGGUGGAUCGAUAUUAUCCCACAACCUCUCCUCUUAGCCUUGAGAGAGACAUCUCUAAACUACUUGGGGUUGAAUGAAUGCAUACAUGGACUCAGCUUGGAAUGGAAGAGAGGAUUACUGUUUUCUUGAAUGUUAAAUCAUCACUUGUUGACUUCAAAUAAUGUUUCCCUUUUGAACUUGUAAUGUUUGUUAUGUACAAUGGAUUGGUUUCUGAAAUAAAUGGCUCAUUGUAUUUCUGAUAA